AGAGAAAGAAAGAGGGGUCAGGAGCAACAUUGGGAAAGAGGAAAGGGAGCAGAAGCAUCCAGUUUGGAGUAUCUGUACCUGGGACAGACGCGCACUGCUGGCUAAUGCCGCUGCUGGAUGGACGCCGCUCACCUGCACGCUUCCAGCACUUAUGAGACCGACCUGUGCGCGCAGACAUGCAUUUCUACUAUGUGGGGGAUCACACGUGGGCCACCAUGUUGGGACAGAGCGUGCGGUUACAGCCAGUUCCCAUCCAGAGCCUAUCGGAGCUGGAGCGAGCCAGGUUACAGGAAGUCGCUUUGUACCACCUGGAGGAGAGGGACCUGGACUUCAAGAUCAGCAUCCCUAAAGAAACUCACAAGCGAAGAAAAUCUCUGCGCAGGAAGUUUGACUCCUUUUCAAAGGAAAAGAAAGAGCGAGAAUCGGCUCCCAAGGCCUUUGGUAUCCCGCUCUCCCAGGUCAUCGCCAACGACCGGGCCUACAAGCGGCGGCAGGAUGCUCUGAAGGAGAGCAGGCGCGACUGCCUCGACCUGGAGGCGAGCGUCCUGCGAUUCAGGGCGGAGAAGCGACAGUUCUUCAAUGGGAGCAGACCUCUGGUCAGCUCCUCGUCCAUCACAGGAGGAGGUCCGGGCUCGCCGUCUGCUAACUCUGUGGCACCGGCGCCAAUUCCUGACCCUCAGAACAAACCGCUGUCACCCACGUUUCUGGAUAACACCGGACGAGGACAGAGAAGGGGUGGUCUAUCAGUGGACUCGAUCUCUGACCUUGUAGAGAGUCAGUCUCGCCUGCUGGAAGCGCUGCAGCUUUCCCACCCGGCUGAACUGGAAUUGAUCAAGUCUCCGGGUGGCAGCUCGUCGGAGGGGAGGACCCAAACCAAGCUCAGCCUCAACCCCAUCUACAGACAGGUGCCUCGGGUGCUGGAGAGGUGCUGCAGUCACAUCGAGACUUAUGGUCUUCAGACUGUGGGUAUCUUCCGAGUCGGCAGCUCCAAGAAGAGAGUGAGACAGCUACGAGAGGACUUUGACGUGGGCGUUGACGUCCAGCUGGAUGAGGAGCACAGCGUCCACGAUGUGGCAGCGCUGCUCAAAGAGUUUCUGAGGGACAUGCCGGAUCCUCUGCUGCCCAGAGAGCUCUACCCCGCCUUCCUGCAUGCCAACUUUCUGAGAGGAGCAGACCAGCUGCAGUACCUCCAGCACCUCCUCUACCUGCUGCCUCCCUGUAACUGCGACACACUGCUGCGCCUCCUCACCUUGUUACACACCGUGCAGAGCUUCGCACAGGACAGCAUAGGAACCAACGAUGAGGAGAUCCCCGGAAACAAGAUGACGGCCGCUAACCUGGCCGUGAUCUUCGGGCCGAACCUGCUUCAGAAGGAGCGCGGGGGAGACGUGAGCCCGCAGGUGAUGGGCAUCGAGGACAGCACGGCGAUCAUCAGCGUCACACUGAUGCUCAUACAGAACCACAGGAGAUUCUUCACGGUCUCUGCAGAGCUGCAGCAGGAGGUCCUGAUGAGUCUGAUCCAGACCGACCCGGACAUCAUCGACUACCUGCUGCGUAGGAAACUCAGCGGCAGUCACCUGACGGUGGAGAGCGGCAGCGAGUCCACCGGUCGCAGGGACACGGGGGCGUCUCUGGACUCAGUGGGAGCCUCCAGCGGCAGCCUGUCCCCACUGGAGCCCCCGUCACCGCUUUUCCCCCCAGAUGGGAGCGGCGGUGAUGGCAGCCUGACCAGCGAGGUCUUCCUGAACGUCCUCAAACUGAACCAGAACAGGAAGCGGCAGGACACCAGAUACGGUGAGGUCCCUCCUGGUAAAUCCAUCCGCCACAUGCGUCAGUUCCACUCCCACCACAACCUGCUCAGCCUAUCCCAGUCCUCCUUCUCUUCCUCGUCCUUGUCCUCGUCCUCCACCCCCAGGCUCCACGCUCAGGACUCGGAUGCCCAGGACCGUCGAGGCCCGGGUCUGAGCGCCGCGCUGAGCUUCUCUCUGAGCUCGAGUCUGAGCGGCUCGACCGAGAACAGCAUCUGGGUGAGGCAGACGCCGCAGGAGGAGAGCAAGCCGUCGCCGACCACUAAUUUCUGGGACUUCUUCACCGGGAAAGGUUCGGGCUCAGAGACGAUGGUAUGAUGAAGGGAGAGGAGAGAAACAACCGGUCAAGUUCCAGAUUCACUUAAAGAGACGCUUACUGGUGUAAAUAAUACAGGUCUCUCCCUGACAUUCCCACUUGACCUGAUAACCGUCCUGCUGUGGGUUUUCCAAGCUGGAAGUUGGAAUUUCCCACGUUUUUUGGCCCCUCUUGAACUCAGCAUGGGUAUGAACGAAAACUAGAAGAAAUGAAGGACACAAACUUCUCAGACACAAAAAAACGAAGGAAGAAUAAAUCAAUGAGAUUACCUGAAGGUGGAUCUACUAAUAAAAACAUGUACAGGAUGGAUUCAUAUUUUAAACCCUGUUUCUACAACUGCAUCUUCUGACACUCAGUGUACAGAACUCAUACCAGGCAUACUCCGUUUGUUUGUUUUUUCCUGCAACCUGCACUAAGCUGCUUUUGCAAAUGUGAUGUAGCUGCUUAACAUUUAGUAAUGAUCUCAAACACCCGCAAAGUGUGUUUCCCCAAUGAGCACUGCAGGUCAAAAAGCUCAGUGUGAUUGCAUCUGCAGUAAAUCUGGUUAAAAUGUCGAUUAUUAUACCUGAAUAUGUAAUUAGGAUGUUUCACAUUGAAUCUGUGCCCUUGAAAAUGGUUAAAUAGCUAAAAAAUGUACAUAAAAAAGGCAUUUCGAGAAGGUUUUCACCUAUAAAUCAGCCCUUAAAGCUGCA